AUGAGAGACCCAAAGUUAAUCCGCUAUCUGAAGUUGGUUCUGGAAUUGAUUGAGGAGUUUGACAGUAUCACUUUUCAAUAUCUCCCACGAGACAAAAAUCAGAUGGCUGAUGCUUUAGCAACUCUAGCCUCUAUGAUCAAAGUGAACAAAUCAGGAGACAUGAAGCCUAUUCAAAUCAACAUUUAUGAGACUCCAGCUCCUUGCUACAGUAUUAAGGAAGAGGAAAAUGAUGACAAUCCAUGGUAUCAAGACAUACUACAACAUGUAAAGAAUCGUAAGUACCCCGACCAUGCAACGGAAAAUGAUAAGAGGAGACUGAGGAGACUGACCAUUGAUUAUAUCCUAGAUUGA